AACUAUGCCUGAUUCUCAACUCCUCCUCCUCGUUCUUAUCACAUUGUCCAAUAUGGCUGCGUCCAUAGCAAGAAUCUGUCGUUAUGUAUCGCAGCAUGGAUCCUGUAUUUGGCCUAGGCGAACGAGUUUUUGCCUCACACACAGGUCUACGUUUCACAGUUCUUCAACUAGACAUAACGGACUGCUCUUUUCUCUAAGUAAACGAGGUAUUUUAAAGGAAUCUUUCCCUGAAGACGCAGCGCAGGACCAGCUCCCCCGGUUGCUCCAGUCCGGUGCUCAGACUGUAUACUGCGGCUUUGACCCCACGGCCGAUAGCCUCCAUGUGGGCAACUUGCUCGCUAUCAUCGGCCUGUUGCACUUCCGAAACGCCGGGCACCACGUCCUAGCUGUGCUCGGAGGGGCCACGGCACAAAUCGGAGACCCGAGUGGGAAAACGAGCGAGAGGGAGCGGUUGUCAACGGACGCCGUGGAGGCGAGCACCCGCUGCAUCCGCGAGAGCCUCCAGAGGAUUUUCACCAACCAUGAACUGCAUUUUCACGACAGUUCCAAGAAGCUGGGCACCGUGACUAUACUGAACAACCUGAGCUGGUACAAGGACUGGGGCGUGGUGGAGUUUCUGUCGGAGGCCGGAAGGCACUUCAGGAUGGGCACCAUGCUCAGCCGCCACAGCGUGCAGUCCAGGCUGAAGAGCGCAGACGGUAUGAGCCUGACAGAGUUCACCUACCAAGUGUUCCAAGCUUAUGACUUCUACCACCUGAACCAAAUAUACGGCUGCAAGAUUCAGCUCGGGGGCACCGACCAGCUGGGCAAUUUGAUGUCUGGCCAUGAGUUCAUUCACAAAGUAAGUGGUGAGGAGGUGUAUGGCCUGACCAUCCCGCUGGUGACCAGCUCUGUUGGGGACAAGCUGGGGAAGACUGCAGGCAAUGCAGUGUGGCUCAACAGAGACAAGACAUCUCCCUUUGAACUCUACCAGUUCUUUCUCAGGCAGCCUGACUCCAGCGUGGAAGGAUACCUGAAGCUGUUUACCUUCCUGCCUCUGGCAGAGGUAGAGAGGCUGAUGGAGCAGCAGAGAGAAGAUCCAGGUAAACGCCUUGCACAUAAGCGACUGGCCGCAGAGGUGACGAAACUGGUUCAUGGAAAGGAGGGCCUUGAGAGUGCAAAGAGAUGUACCAACGCGCUGUACCACAGCAGUGUGCAGGCCUUGGAGGAAAUGAGUGACGAGGAGCUUCAAGAGCUCUUCAGGGAGGCUCCCUUCCAUGAGCUGCUGUUGGAGCCAGGAACUACUGUGAUAGAUGCCUGUCGCAGGGUCAACGCCAUCCCAGAGGGACCCAAAGGAUAUCGAAUGGUUUUGGAGGGAGCAGUAUGGAUUAACCACAGGCGGACAGAUAAACCAGAGCAGGUACUGAUCCCCAAACUUCAUAUCCUAUCGAAUGGACUAACCUUGCUUAGAGUGGGCAAAAAGAACUUCUAUAUCAUCAAGUGGCUCAGUCUCUGAGGCUGUUGGCUCUCGCAAAGGACCAGUUUAACCUAUGAUGGACCUACUGAGAAGGUAGGUGAUUAGUACCGUCCUGCAAGGUCAGCGCAGAGACUUGGAUGGACUGAUAAUUUGGAUUAUACUGGGUUUUUGGAGUAGCCUAAACCCUUAAUGAUUGCCUGUGGUUGUCAUAUAAAUAUGUAUAUGUACAGAUGUAAUGUGUAUCUCAAGCUAUGGUAUUAAAAAGCAUUUGAUAUAAA